GGAAGAGUGAAAGCAGAGAAUAUAUAGGUACUUGUGAGUGAUAGCUAUCCCGAGUAGGGGAGAAUAACAAACCGAACGAAGUCAGCAUGAUAACUCGAGGGGUGAUCGCUGGCCCACGACUGUUCAGCAAUGGGUUCUCACGAGUACUUGGUACUUGGGAAAACCCCAGUAAAGCGCUUCGAGUAAUGGUCCAAAAUUAACUUAUCAGAAACUGUAGUUUGCAUGAUCAUGUGUAUGAUCUGGACUAUCAAAUGCCACAAAAGAAUAAUUCUCGAAGUAUGAGUUCCUCCUCUUCUAGUGGGGCCCAUAUAGCCGAGGCGGUAAACGCACGGGUAUUCAGCAUGGCCAUGCUGAGGGUGACGGGUUCGAUUCCCGGUCGGUCCAGGAUCUUUUCGUAAAGGAAAUUUCCUUGACUUCCUUGGGCAUAGAGUAUCUUCGUGCCUGCCACACGAUAUACGCAUGCAAAAUGGUCAUUGGCAGAGAAAGCUCUCAGUUAAAAACUGUGGAAGUGCUCAUUGAACACUGCUGAGAAGCAGGCUUUGUCCCAGUGAGGACGUUACGCCAAGAAGAGAGAGAGAGAGAGUUCCCCUUCUAUUAUUUCUCUUCUACUUCCUCAUGGAAAACCGAGAGGAAAUCGGCUAAUCAGCAGUACUGCCGCGUGACGAGUUUGAAUGUUGAGCACUGAUACUCUUGCUACGCUCGGUGUCCGCUUUAAGGAGAAACUUCAGAGGAUACAAACAUGGCUGCCACAAUGGCCGACUUGGUCCCCUACUCACGUUUUCAAGAGCACCAACCUUGAAAAUUUGUAAACAAAUGCUCUCGAUUUGUAAAAGCUGCCUCUUUUUGGAAGUGAGCAAAGCCAGGAAAAACAAGUGCGGCUUGGCUCGAUGCUUUGUUCGUCAGAUUCGUGCCUCUAAAUUUUGUAUGAAAAAUUGCAAUGGGAUUUCUUGAUGUUUCACCUUAAACACGCGUCAGUAUGCAUUGCAUCGCUCAAGAUGCAUCGCGCGUAAGAGAGUUGACCGGCACAAACGUUGCGCAUCACCUCAGGCGCCGCGUUACUAUGCCAUUGGCCUUGUUAGUGCAGCGCUCUUAUUGACCAAUCCAGAUGCCUGUGUGGUAGUGAUUUGUGUUCAAAUUCCCCGUGUUAAGAAUUUGUAAGAACUUUGUAAACAACUUUUGUUCUCCCGAGUCCCGUAUACGGAUAGGCUUGCAGUAGGUUUCGUAGGAUAAAAUUUUGAGAACUCAAUAUUAUGUUAAAUGAAUAAAAAUGAGUAUUUACUCAAGGCUAACCUAACUUGAGCGAAGUAAACUGUUUGAGCAUUUAUUCAAAUCCGUAUGAAUAAAGUUGUACUUUACUCAGAGUAAGUUUGCAUUUCGAACAUAUCAUUUGCUUUACAAAAACUGGCGUUUACGUUUUGGGUUUCGGGUCAGUAAAUGUAGAAUGAGCAGCUGAGGAUGAUAGGACGAAUAUCCGGAUUCAGCUAAAAGUAGGGAGAAUCCGGAACUAUCUGUGGCCGUAUUACUAUGCUAGUGAUUUCUCCUGAAAUUUAUUUUACGACUUCCUAUUAAUUACUCCACGAGACCCCCCAGGGAAGCAGUCCAAGAGCUGUACUUGGGAUACCUAUAAAAUUUGUUCCUAGGUUUCCGCCAGGAGUUGUUCCAGGGAUUUCUCCUAUAGUUGUUCAUGGGAUUCCUCUAGAUCCAUUCAAAAGCUGUUCCUAGGUUCUCCUCCAGGAGUCUUUUGGAUUCUUUCAGCAGCUGUUCAUUCUGGGAUUGCUUCCAAAGUUCGUCCUGGGAUACCUCUAGCAGUUGCUUCUGGAAUUCUUCCAGGAGUUCUUCCUGGGAUUCCUCCAGAGAUUCCUUCUAGGAUUCAUCUACGAGUUUAUUUUGACAUUUCUACAAGAGUUCCUCCUGGGGUUUCUCCAGGGAUUGCUCCUGGGGUUUCUCCAUGAGUUCCUCCUGGGGUUUCUCCACGAGUUCCGACUGGUGUUCCUCCUGAGAUUCCUCUAGUAGUUGCUCUUGGGAUUCCUCCUGGAGUUCCUCCUGCCCAUGGGCAAGAAUAGCGAACUAAGAAUAUAGAGCGAUUCCAAGCAACAGCAUCAAAAUUAAGGAAAUUUUUUAAUUCAUGAUUUUCUAUUGAACUGAAACUUUGCACAGUUUUUAAGUUCCAUCUAAAUCGUCAUUUUCCGAUAUCAAAUUUUUAUUUUGAAUCACGACUAACUUUUCAAAAGGGUGUAUGUGAAAAUGGUUCAAAAAUAUUCAAAAAUCUGCACAGCCAAAAUGGUUCGUUCGAUUGCAAUAAAUUUUUCAGCAAAGUUAGAUAACUAAAUGGUGAUUCCUAAGAAAAUAUACACUGUGAAAAAACAUCUUUUUUAACAUUAAAAAAUAUCAUUUUUGUCACAAAAACUCAAAUAUCUCAAAACCCUAUCUUUUUACCAACGUAAUUUUUUUAGGGAAGACGGUCCAUUGUAUUAGCAAUCUACCAUAAAAAUUUGGUGAUGGUAAACUAAUAAACAAAAAAGUUAUAACAUUUCAAACAUUUCACAAUUUUCACAUUUGGUAAAUAUUUUUUUCUGUGUAAAUUAUUUCGAUCAGAAAUCGCAGUUACAUGCAGAUUUUAUUGUUCAGCAAAGUUAGAUAACUAAAUGGUGAUUCCUAAGAAAAUGUACACUGUGAAAAAAAAAUCUUUUUUUAACAUUAAAAAAUAUCAUUUUUGUCACAAAAACUCAAAUAUCUCAAAACCCUAUCUUUUUACCAAUGUAAUUUUUUAGGGAAAACGGUCCAUUGUAUUAGCAAUCUACCAUAAAAAUUUGGUGAUGAUAAACUAAUAAACAAAAAAGUUAUGACAAUUCAAACAUUCCACAAUUUUCACAUUUAGUAAUAAUUUUUUUUAGUGUAAAUUAUUUCGGCCGGAAAGCGCAGUUUGAUGCUGAUUUUAUUGUUAAUGGCCUUGCGUGAGUAAAACAAUCUGUUUUUAUUAUGUAUUAUGUAUUGUGCGUGGAUUUCCUUAUCGAACACGACGGUUCGAAACGGUCGUGUUUUGAACAGUCGUAAAAACAGUCGUGCUCCAAUUUGACACGUCAAAUUGUCAAAAAUGACAACUGAUCUCUCUCUCACCGUAAGAAAACAUUUGUUAUUCAUUGAUUGAAUUAAUUUUCGUAUUUGAGGUUUUUCGUUCUUGAAAUCGAUCAGAUUGAGAAUUUUCAACGAAAUUCAAGUGAAUAUUUACAUAUUGCGACAUUUGCACCCAUUUAGACUCGGCCGAAAUUCAUUAUAAUCACAGUCGAAUUUCGCACACGACUUCGCAGCGGCUGGCAUACACAUGUUCGGUUGAGUUCGUGACAGGGGCGUCGGGUGCACAACAGGUAAACAAAAUAAGUUUGAUUAGUGUGAAAUGCGGCUAGAAAAUGAUGAUUCAGUGGAUUCUCAAAUUAUCACAGUAGUCUAAACAUUGGCGAGAAACCCAAUAUUGCCGAAAUGCAGAAUUCGAUUCUUCAAAAUGUGCAGCAUCGUCGGGCGAGCAGCAACACACAGUACCAUUGUUUUUACGGAUACUAUUUUCUUGGAUUUUCACGGGCACAACUAGCAAAGAUCUACUCAAAAUCUAAAUCAACUAUCAGCUCCUGGAUCAUCAACUAUGAACGAGACGGUAUUCUGAAUGCUAAUAAACGGAGGACCACAUUCAGGAAAUUCGACAUGGACAAACAAAAGUGGCUAGUGAAUCUGUAUAAGAAAAAUCCUAUCCUGUAUCUUGACGAAUCCCGGCAGCAAUUUGCUAUUCACUUCGGAACAUCCAUAAGCGCCUCGACGAUUUGCAAAAUUUUGCAUGCUCACGGACUAUCUUGGAAGACGCUGGAAAGGAGAGCCAUCCAAAUACGGCAAGCAGACAUCGAUCGAUAUACCCAAGAAUUGAGCUGUUUUCAAUGGGAUUUGCAUCAACUGCUGUUUCUCGAUGAAGUUGCUUUCGCAAACGGUCGACUGUUGCGCAAUAAAGGUUACGGAGUAGUCGGAAGAAAACUAGUGUACAAGGGAGAAUUCUGCAGGAGACCCCGGGUAUCUUGCCUUUGUUUUUUGGGACAAAACGGGAUAGUCGAGUCUUAUGAAACCGAAGGAACAUUUACGCGGCAAAAGUUCUUUGAUUGUUGCCGAAAAAUGUUUUUUUCAAACGAUUGCGUAAGAACAUAUCCAGGUAAAUUUUCAGUUUGGGUGAUGGACGGAGCUCGAAUCCACUGUGAUUCUAAUAUCAUACAGUAUUUACGCUCUUUGGGGAUAAUUCCGCUUUUCCUCCCAGCAUAUUGCCCGUUUUUCAACCCAAUUGAGGUGGUUUUUGGGUUGGUAAAAAAAUAUUUGAGACGAAACUACACAGAAGGAUGCAAAACACCAUUGUCAAAUGUUGUUCAAGGCGCACUAACUAAAUUCACAUCAUAUGAUUGCUCCAAACUUUUUCAAAAAUGUGGAUAUCUUCCGGGAGGGAAAUUUGACCCAUCAAUAAGCGAACAAUAAAGUGAAAUGUUUAAACCGUA